UAUCAGGCUCUGUAACUAUUAUAAAAAGCAUUUAUUGGUGUAGAAGUUAUAAUCCAUUUUUUUUUCAGUUUAAAAUUGUAGUUUAUAGCAAAUUAUGCCGGAUGUGAAAGUAAAACAUAUUGUUUCGUUCAGCAGCGAAGAUGCGAAAAACCCUGCAGAGAAUAUAUUGAAGCCAGAGACUUAUUUUAAAUGGAAGUGUGAGACACCUGGAGAACGACAAGCAUCUUUGCUGCUACAGCUAGAGAAAGCAACUUGUAUAAGUGGCAUUGAUAUAGGAAACAAUGGUUCGGCCUUUGUGGAAGUAUUGGUUGGACGUUCCAGUUGGUCUUCAUCAGAAGAGUUUAAAGUGUUACUUGUGGCAUCUAGUUUUAUGACGCCGGCUGAAAGUAAAGCUAGUAAAGAUAUUCACAGAGUACGAAUGUUUGGGCAUGGUCAAUUGGUGAAAUCAGUCGCCGAUGAAAAAUGGGAUCGAGUCAAAAUUGUUUGUACACAGCCAUACAACCAAAAUGAAAGUUACGGUUUAUCCUUUUUCAAAAUGCACACUCCUGAACAAACUGAAGAAAAAAGUGAAGGAAAGGUUGUACAACUAGGUCGGUUUAAACUAAAAAGUGAUUCUGAUGACGAACAGGAUGUUUCAACAGGAAGUUUCUUCCAACGUAAAAUGAACGAAACUGUAGUAACACCUAGACAACCCAAAAUAUCAAUGGCCACCGCAGCUAGAAAAACUUCAAUUGAACGUGUUGUUUAUAAAACAAAAGGGGAGAGCACUUCAUCACCUAAGCAGAUAAGUGUGUCACAUGAUAAAAGACAUGAAGUUGCUGCCUCUCUGUUGCAAGGUGCAACUGAUAUAACUACUGCAGAGAGAAAGCCUUUUCCAAAAAUGAAACAUACACCUGCUAAGAAAAAAGAGACUCCAAAACGAAAAGUUGAAGCAGGGGCAAAUAAACAAGAACGACCACCAGCAAAGAAAUUAAAAGCAGAGAGAAAAAUACCAAAGGUUAAGAAGAAAAAUGUUUCUUACAAUAAAAUACUCGAUGGUGUUGUGUUUGUUUUAAGCGGGUUUGAAAAUCCAGAAAGAGGUAAUCUUCGAGAUCAAGCAUUAACAAUGGGUGCAAAGUACGAACCAGGCUGGAAUAACAGAUGCACUCAUUUGAUAUGUGCUUUUGCGAAUACACCAAAGUUUAAUCAAGUCAAAGGUAAAGGGAAAAUAGUGAAGAAAACAUGGCUAAAUAGUUGCAGAGACAACAAGAGGAGAAUAAAUACUAAAAAUUUUCGUAUGGAUGGUGGUGGCGACAGCAGUUAUGAAUCAUCUUCAUCUGAAGAAGAAGAAGAAAAAGUGGCCUCACCACAAAUUCCCACCGUUGACAGUCAAUCACCACCAGCAAGAAGAAAAAGCUCUAGUGAAUGUGACACUGAAGAUGAGUUGGACAAAAUACGACAACUGCAGAAAGAUGGAGAAUCCAACGUCAAAUCAAAAACUGAAUGUGAUAAAGAUCCUUAUGCUGGAACAACUGAAGAAGAAAGCGAGACUGAACAAGAUGCACAAGAACCCGAUGCCUGUGUUGCUUCCCUUCCUGAGCUGCCAGAUUUUUUCGACGGGAAAUCGUUCUUCUUUUUCGGUGCUUUCAAUGAGAAAGAGAAACGUGAGUUGAGAAGGUUCAUAACAGCUUACGCGGGAACGCUGGAGGAAUACAUGAGUGAUUCUGUGAAUUACGUUAUCAGUAAAGAGAACUGGGAUGACAACUUUGAGCAGGCGCAGACGGAGAACCCAUCUCUAAUCUUCAUUCGACCAAAAUGGAUACACAAAUGUCACGAAAAAAGAAAAAUAGUUCCAUUCGAACCGUUUAUUAUCCAACCUUGAUAACAUUAAAAGAAUAGCUUUAAAGAAAUCACAGGUUAUGUUAAAACAUUCACGUCGACAUUUUAACGUAAAUUGAAAUUUUUCAAGGAUAUAAAACCAAGAAGAAGAAGAAAUAUAUAUAAAGACUAAAAUUGUUAUCACGAAGAACUAUUAGUUUUUAGAGUUUUGUUGUUCCUGAUCUUUCUUGUGAGAUACUACCAACAAUAUUGUUUUUCAAAAUUUGUAUUUAUUCCAAUGAUUAUGUAAAAGAAAUUUCUCCUGA